UAUGGCUGGUAAUUUGUAUUAUGAGUUCAGUAAAUUUCGAAGGUAUUGUCGACAGCUUCAACAAAUUCUAACGAACACAAAAGUAUGUUUUGCAGAAAUAGAAAGAAGUGGAUAUUUUAACGAUUCUGAGCUAGAUUCUUUUGGAUUGUCACUUGAAAAUGAAGAACUAGUUGAAGGCAUAAUCCGUAAGCCUUUAGGAAUUUUGAUCCUCGGUGAUAGCUGCUAUGCCAAAGCUGGUGUUGUUAAUGAAUUGUUUGGACAAUCCUUAUUGCCAACAGUGCACCCUGGUGGAGAUGCAGAAGAUGAAAAUAUUAACUGGAGAAUGAUUCGACUUACCUAUGGGAACCAAACAGAGAUUAGUCUGGCAUUGUCUGACAGUUUUGAGCUGAUUAGUCAUUUUACAGCUCAGCAAAAACCAUUACAAAGAAUAACACCAUGUGAACUGGAAAUAAGAAAUGAAAACCAAAGUGGUUUGACUAAUAAUCCAGUUGAGAUAAAACUAAGGCAUUCGCUCCUUCAAGAAAAUGUCCAGGUUAUUGUUUCUCCAUCGUAUCAUCAUGAUGACUUUGAACAAGUGGUUCAGCAGUGUAUAUCAGGAGUAACACCCAUUUUCAUCUACUGUUACAAAGAUGAAGCAUUGUCAGAAAAGGAAGUUGUAGACUUGCUACGUUUUAAGAAGUUGGCUCCUAUGGAUCCUAUGUUUUUUGUCUGUUCUAAACCUUCCCCAACAUGUGAACUAACAGAAUCUGAACAGCAUGCACGGAAAGCUCAAUUGUCCAGUCACAGACGAUGUCGGCGUUAUUCAUGCCAGGAGUACUAUCCUUCACAUCAUUUUCGGAAUGGCCAUAGAAGAGGCGAGUCUGUAGGUUCCAGAUUUCACAAUGCCCCCCUAUCUGUGUAUCAACAACUGUGUGCUUUGGGGUUUUUGAAUCCUUUACCACCCAGAGCUAGAAUGAAGUCAUAUACGUCAUACAGUGAUCAACUUGAGUUGGAAAGUGAACUAGUAGAAAACUUUGAAAACUUUCCAAGCAUCCUGUUAUAUGUUCGCCAUAUUUUACAGUUUCUUCUAGUGAAAACAACUUCCUUUUUAAACGAAGCCCACAACAACUGUCUACGAACGUUCAUUCUUGCAGCCUUUGAUAUGACCAGAGAUCUAUUAAUGACUCCCAAAAGAUUAGAGUAUGCUCGUAAACAAGAAAGUGAACUCUAUUCAUCUUUGAUGACUGUAGCUAGUAAGAAACAAGAAGAGAUUAGAGAAUUGAUAGUGGCUACAGUUUGUGAAAUGAGAGAAGUGCUAAUAGAGCAGGCUUUUAACUGGGAGUUCCAGAGUCUUUGUAUUUGUGAAACGGAGAAAGUUUCUAACCAAAAUCUUCAGAUCUGUACAACAGAAAUUCAGCAAUUAAUAUUAGAUUCAUUAAACAGAGCAAUUGCUGAGAAGUUGGUUGGAUCAUUGAGUUGCCUUCAGGACAGUUAUAUUGGUACCCUGGAACGCUGUCUUGUUAGUUUAGAAAAACAUUACCAAGAUGAAAGUUUUUGUCAAGCAAGUAGUUCACUUCGACAAAUUCUCAAUGCAGCUUAUCAGGUUGAUGUCACAUUCAAUACUAGUGCCUCUCUUCUUCAUGUUGUCGUAUCCAAGAUGAAACAGAUGUUUCAGAAUGUGUCUUGGAAAAUAUCUCCAAAAAUUGACUCUGAAUGGAAGAAGAAUGUGGCGAGGGUAUUACUAGACAGUACCAGUGAGACUCGUCUUGCUCGUUCAAUUUGUUACCACUUCUGUGAAAGACUGAAAAAAUCACACAACCAGUUUUUGUCUGCCCUUCAGAAACUCGACGAGUUACAUCUGGGGAGACUGCAGCACACAGAGGGACAAAAACUAAAAGUACGAAAAACAUUUGCACCAAAAAUGGCAAGGUGUGCAUUGGAAAGUAAGUCACUCAUGGAUGUAGUUGUAUUUGGCAUGCCCAAACUAACACGAGAGAUUGGUAGAGGUCAGUUUGGGGUUGUUUACUCGUGUGAAGGAUGGGGAGGUUUCACCCCCUGUGCUGUGAAGUCAGUCGUUCCUCCCGAUGAUAAGCAAUGGAAUGAUCUAGCCAUGGAGUUUUUCUAUACACGAAGUAUACCAGAUCAUGAGAGGGUUGUACAAAUUAAAGGGUCAGUCAUCGAUCAUUCCUAUGGUGAUGGACACACUCCAGCCGUCCUGUUGAUAAUGAAACGACUUCAGCGUGAUCUGUAUUCAGCACUGAAGUCAGGUUUAGAUAUUGUUACUAGAUUGCAGAUUGCCAUUGAUGCUGUGGAAGGGAUCAGGUUUCUCCAUAGUCAAGGACUCAUUCAUAGAGACAUCAAGUUAAAGAAUGUACUGCUGGAUGCUUCAAACAGAGCAAAACUAACAGACUUAGGCUUCUGUAAACCUAAAGCAAUGAUGUCAGGCAGUAUUGUUGGAACACCGAUCCACAUGGCUCCAGAACUGUUUACUGGACACUAUGAUAGUAGCGUGGAUGUUUAUGCCUUUGGAAUUCUCUUCUGGUACUUAUGUGCUGGUGACGUCAAAAUGCCACACAUUUUUGAACAGUGUCAAACCAAGGACCAACUUUUUCACUCUGUUAUGAGAGGUGGACGUCCAGAAAAGUUGCCACAAUUUAGUGAAGACUGUUGGAAGCUGAUGUCCGAAUGUUGGGCUAUGGACCCAAAAAAUCGUCCUUUAUUAGGAGACGUGGAGCCUCGACUGAAGGUGAUCAUGGAGUGCUAUCGAACUAAUCCUCGAUUCAAUGAAAAUCAGAAUGGCCCAAAGCAAGUCCCUCGACAGAGACGGGCUAGAAUCACCAUGCCGUAGUUUCCAACUUCUCUGGUGUUACUGUUUGCUCAGGAAUACUAGUCUCGAUCAUGUCACCAAGUUAUUGAAUGAACUGAGAAGCAACAUGUCUAGAAGCAUAAGAAUCUUCAUCAACAACAAGGCAUGUAAGAUUAUCAGUUUAAGCUACACUUAGAAAAAAUUACACAAAUGUUUAGUUGGAAUUAAAUGGGGUUGUUUAUGUUACUGAUUGAUUUUUUUACGUAGUUAGCAGAUUAUGUUGAAGUUUUCUACUGGCAAUAGGAAAUCUUGAAGUUUAAUGGUAAGAAUGUUAAGUUUUUAUAUAUUACUGUGAGAUUUUUUUUUUUAUAUGGUUAGCAGAUUAUAUUAAAGUUUUCUACUGGUGGUAGGAAAUCUAUAUAAAGUUUAGUGGUAACAACAUGAAGUUUGUCAGAAUUUGAAAUAAAAAAUAAAUGUAUAACUUUCCUUUUUGCCAACUGUUAAAA